AUGAAAGAUAUAAUCAGAGAGUUUCGCUAUGAGAACGAUCCAGCUGUUCAGUUCGAAGGCGCAUCUGCCAUCUGGGUUUAUUUGGCUCCUAUAAUCUCUGCCGGCACUUUUUAUUUCCUUGUCGAAAUUAUGAUUGAUCCUGGUCUUAUUUUAUCAGAAGGUGCUCGCACCGGUAUCUCUUUUAGUCUCCUCGCUGGUCUUAUCCUAUUCGCUCUGAUGAGCGGAUAUAUGCAACCCCGCACGGCACCUAAGAUUCUGAUCAUGUUCAUCCUCUUGCGUAUCCAUUAUUGGAUUUUUCAUUUCUAUAUGGCGAGUUGGGAUCCUCAGCGCGACAUCGUAGCUAGGGAGGUUAAUGUCUCGUAUUCUUUUGUAUACUUCGGGAGCACCUGUCCGUUAACUUUUCUGGGUCUACUGCUUACCGGUCUCUGGCAUACUCCUGACUACGAUCCAGAACUCGUAAAUAUUUGUACCCUGCAACAAACCUCUGGAACCAUUUAG